AGCGUGAACGCGCUCGUGACGUAGGCGAAACCCACAGUUCACGCGCCUCAGGAAGUCUUUCCUGAAGUAAUCUACAGUGUAUGAGGCGUUAACGAUAAAACGCGGAAAAAUGGUUUAUUUUUCACUGGAAUAGUUACAUUCACGGGUCUACGGGUUUUGUGUUAGAACUGUUUCCCAUCAUGUCUUGCCGUGACAUCCACGCCACAAAUGCGUUUGCUUUCAUCAUCGCCCUGCUCGCAGUGGGUGGAUUAGCCGUUGCUACAGUCAUCCCUCAAUGGAGGACAACACGUCUUCUCACUACUAACCUCAACGCCAAGAAUAUUACCGUGUAUGAUGGACUGUGGACCAAAUGUGUCCUACGAGACGGUUUCAGCGGGUGUUACUACUUUGACACAGAGUGGUAUUCCAAAGUAGACCAGCUGGAUCUCAGGCUGCUGCAGUUUUGCUUACCAACAGGUCUGUUCUUCUCUUGCCUGGCACUGCUGCUCAGUCUUACAGGCAUGUGUAAGACAGCAUGUUGCUCCCAAACCCCAGAUGAUAUAAAGUCCAGCCGCUGUAUAGUGAACAGCUCGGGCUGCCACCUAGUGGCUGGGAUGUUCCUCCUGAUAGGAGGUGCCAUCGCUAUGCCACCAUCUAUCUGGUUCCUGUUCCACACUCGUGAGUUGAACUCGCGCUAUGCUAAUAUUUUCUCCCCAGAAUUUGCAGUGUACGUGGCUAUUGGUAGUGCUGGCGGCCUUGUGUUCGCUGCCCUGCUAAUGUUCAUGUGGUACUGCAUGUGCAAAAAGCUGCCCUCGCCCUUCUGGCUGCCCCUGCCUGAGCACCCCGCCAUGAGCGGCAGCGUUUCUACUCAGCCUCUACUGACCAACGGCCUGCCAACGCCAGUUACCUAUGCACCUCAGAGCUUCCCCCCUGCUGUUCUUGAUGCUCCAGCGUUUGUGCAAGCCCCGGGAUACCAACAGCCCAUGCCAGGCCCACCUGUACCACCUCAGGUAUAUAUGGGCCAGAUGUCCAUGCUGGAUGGAUACGGGUCAGAAGCAGGAGCCUCACAGGCUUAUGGUUACGCCCCUUCACAGAGUUACGCCCCUUCGCAGAGUUACGCCCCUUCGCAGAGUUACGCCCCUUCGCACAGUUAUGCCCCUUCGCAGAGUUACGCCCCUUCACAAAGCUACGCUCCAUCCGUAAGCAUUGCUCCUUCUCAGAGGUACGCUGGACAUCGCUACUCCACACGAUCACGCCAGUCAGCAAUUGAAAUUGAUAUCCCCCUCCUGACAGAGUGAUACUGGAAGAAAGAAAUCCACUGUGUCCUUCAGUGUGUGGCUCAGGAUCACGUACUAAUCCCACUUACUGUCAGAACAAGCAAUAUUAAUAAAAAUAGAUCCAUCAUAGAUAAUGUACUGAAAGUAAUCUCUGUGAGAUAAUUUAGGAAGAAUUGGUCACAGAUGACACCUUUAUGACAACAGAGAAUCUGAUACUAGAUAAUAAGUAAAAUAAUAUACACAGGGUUGGACAAGCUAGCAAACUCUAAACCUUUCUUUUUUGGUUGUUAUCCAAAUGCUACUUAUCCACCAGUCAGCUACAGUAAUAAUAAUUAAAAAAAAAAAAAUACACACAAAUAAUGUGGACAUGAAAUCUGAUCGUCUCAGACACUCUGUGUACUUAUUUGUCCACUCUGGAACAGAUCGUUAAAAGUACAAAUAUAUGAUUUAAUAUUGGUUAAAUAUAUUGGACAAGAUUGGUCAAUCUCUUAAAUUCACAGUAUUGAAUUUGAAUAAUUCAGCAGCUUAAACUGAAGUAGUUAACCGUAGUUUUUUUCUAGAAUGUUAAUAUUUACUGAAUUUAUUAGUCAGCACUACAUUAGAUGUAUAAUGCUGUCAAUUUUGUUUGCAUGUGCUUUUCUGGAAUUGAGCCAAGAAUAUGAUUUGUAUCGAAAGCUUUUACUUUUUUUUUCCCCCUCUAUUUUUAUUAGACAUUUGAAAUUCACAACAGAACAUUAGGGUUAUUGUGAGGAUGUUGGCCACAGUUUUGCAUGUGGCCCAGAUGAGGUGAACGCUGUCACUCGGGUCAGCUGUGCUGAUGAGACUCGACACUUCACACAUCUUUAGAUGGCAUCUUUAUUUUUCCCUCAUAGUUUACAAAAACAAAACACUGUCUUACUGUAUAAGCACUGGAAAUGGUCAAAGUCACUAAAACAAAGCGCUGGCACUGUAGCUAAAAAAUAACAAACUGCCAGCUGCUUCACUACACUGUAUUUUGCACUUAAUUCUUAUUUUUUACCACCAUUACAUCAGGGUUCUUCAGGACUUCUGAAGCCUUUUUACUUAUUUUUAUAGGGAACUUGAUAAAACCAAUAAAAGGCAUUCAGCUGCGAUUGUUACAAUGUGCUGUGCUGUGAGGGAGAGAGGAUCAUUUAUCUGGUUUUAUUAGGCUUAAUAAAACAUCACUUUUUAAAUUCUUAAUAUUUUACACUAAUAAUGAAGGGUUAUUCGUAUAUAAAGUGCUAUUUGUGUGCCAACUUUUUUAAAACUUUUUUUUAUUAUUAUUAUUUUAUUUUAUGUAAAAAAUUAUUGGUUGUAAUUUGCUCCUGCUUAACAUUUUACUUUUUCCUGAGUGUUCCCUUUAUUAAUGUUUUAUUACAUGUCACAUGUUAAGGUGCUUUCUGAUGAUAAAUUUUAAUAUUAUGUUUUGUCACUAAUCUUUUUCUACAAUGUCAUUGUCACAAGCAUAGACUACUAAUAUCUAAAAUGUUGUGCUUAAUAAAACCAAACACUGUUUAAAAGAAUCAACUGAAUGAUUUCUGAAUCCCAUUUUGUUUUGUACAAAAUAACAUGAAAAACAGUCAAACGUUUGACACUUAGGAUAAACCGAAUAUUAGGAUAACUGUAUUCAAAUUGCAAUAAAAAAAAACAAAACACCAAAUGUAAACACUUUACGAUGUCAUUGUGUAUUUGUUAGAUGUCUGAGAAUGUUGCUGCUGACUGAUGACUAAAUUUCCUCAUUUUUGACAGGGGUUGAGGCAGGGCUACAGACAUUGCUGAGAGGAGUAUAGUGUGUACCGUGUCGUCAGAAAAAGGUGGCCGAUUACCCUACAACAAUGGCACCCCAUUGUGAUCCAUUACAGGAGAACAAAAUCUGUUUAUGUCACUUCUGUGCUAUGAAUUAGAAAUAUGACACAAACGAUGUCAGCUUCAAGAAGACAUAUUUUCAUGUUUAUAAUGUGUGUUUGAAAAGGUCACUGAGGCUAAUAGCAUACAGCUCUUAAAUAAGAGUGUCACCUUUUUUUUCCCCCUCAUACACAAUAGACUCAUCUCAUGAAAACAACUUACAGCCUGGAGCAUCUACAGCAAACACAAAACUACAAACUAUAAUAAGUAUUCUGGCUUUAAUGUGUACUUUGUUGUGUUAACACAACUGAGACCGUUAGAAUAAAUGUGCUUAUGGAUAUGUGA